GUUUCUCCGCCACCGCUCCGCGCCUUCACCUCUUUUCUCCGGCGGCCCCGCGGUCGCGCAGCCCCGGGGGUCCCGGCGCUCCGCCUCGACGGGGCGGGCGAGUCUGCGGGGGCGGCCCCGGGGGCGGGCCCGGUCCCGCGGCGAAGAAGCGGGCGCGGCAGGACGCCGAGCCCCGCCGUCCCGCAGCCGCCAUGCAGCUCCUGGCGCUGCUCGCCUGGGCGCUGCUGCCAGGCUGCUGGGCGGUGACGGGGCCCGGCACCGUGUGGGGAUUCCUGGGGGGGUCCCUCUCGGUGAACUGCACGUACAAGCGCGGCGAGGAGUUGAGGCCGAAAUUCUGGUGCCGUCCGGGAACCGUUUUCACCUGUGAUACUGACAUCGUCAUCACCUCGGAGCUGCAGCCCACGGUGCGGUGGGGCCGAUUCUCCAUCCGGGACAAUCGUGCACAGCGGGUGUUCACAGUGACCGUGGAGGGUCUGAAAAAGUCGGACGGGGGCACCUACCGCUGCGGGGUGCGACCCAUCAAAUUUUUGCCUGACGAGAGUGACAACGUGGAGGUGAUUGUGUCCCCAGGUCAGUCCCUGCACGUAUUUCCACCCCCCCCGCACAGCACCAGCACCCGCCGCAUCUGUCCCCUCUCCGCAGGUGCAUCCCCGACGCUCAGCCCGGCCCCCGUCCUCCCUCCGACCACCCCUCCGCCGCCCACCGCGGCGACGGACGCUCCGCGGAGGAACCCCGGCGCCGUCAGCAUCUUCCCGGUGCUGGCCGGGCUGCAGGUGCUGGUGCUGCUGGCCGCGAGUGCCGCCGUGCUCUGGGUCAGCCUGCGGGGCGGCUGAGCCCCCGGCGGGGACCCCGCGGCCGCAGCCGGUGCCGCUGCGCCCCGGGACGCCCCGGCCCCGACGGCGCGGACGGAGGCGGGGGGGGGGGGGUGGUGGGCAGCACCGGGGCCCCGCUGGUCCCUUCCCGCCGCCGCCGGCGGCUGCAAUAAAGUUUCUCCGCCACC